CUGAACCAAGAAGUUGUAAACUAGCGCUAAAAGUUUCUGCUGACGAUCUUCUUGCAGACUUCGCUGUUUUUAGAUUGCAUUUUGGGGUCAUCUGCUUUAGACCGCUUAAAGCUCAAGUAUGUGUAAUGCUACUGUGGUUGUUUCGAUAAUAUUAUGUUGCUAAGUUUGACUGUUAGCAGCCAGAUUAGGGUCGCUAGCUGCUACCAUUAGCAACAGAAGCAGCAGUGCAGAUAACGUCAAACAAAACGAAGUUAGUAGCUCUAAAAGGCAUCAUGGAUCUACACAGAUCACCUUUUUGCAGACGUAGGGUGUCUUAGAUUGUAGCCGAUCUCUGCUAGAUAGCUCUAGCUGUCAACAUGUCUAAUCAGCUGACUGCAGAGCAACAGCGAAUGAUUGAGGAGAACAGGCGGAAGGCUUUAGAAAGACGAGCCCAAAGACUUGGACAGGCUAACAGCACCAAUGUUAAGCCCUCAGUAGGCUCCAAAAGUACUUCAGUGCAAACACAGCUCCCCAAACAGAGUCCGGAUCCUGUUGCCUCAGUUCAGCACAGAGAAACCUCAGUUUCGGCACCAAAAUUCUUCCCCCCUCCCUUAAAAAGGGAACCACAGAGCCAAAGUCAGCAGCAGCUGCCUGGCACUAGCAGCCACUUCAACCAAAGCACUGUGUGUAAUUCUGCAUCUUCAAACCAGACAGAAGUUACUAACUCAAUUCCUCCAAAAAGUCAACAUUUAAGGAGCUCCGUCUUGUCUCCUGAAGGAAGUGUCCCCGUGGGGCCAGUUCAGGGCAAACAUCAACUCUCAUCCAGCAGCUCCGGAGGUGCAGUUGGCUCAUUUUACAAGCAGCCCAGUAAACCUGCUCAGAGUCAAGUGGCACAGCUUUCCUCUAACCCCACCUCUACAAAUGUCGUACCUGCAAAAAAGCCUGCCAUCUCUGUAAGGGGAAGAUGUGUACCUCACACAGAAGACCGUUUCAGGGUAGAAGUGAGCUACCAUGCAGGGCUUAUUGCUGUUUUCAAGUCCAUCCCCUCAAAAAACUAUGAUCCUGCGACCAAGAUGUGGAACUUUAGUCUGGAGGACUACCGACAAAUAAUGGAGGAAGCAGCUGCCAUUCCUUCGGUGUCUUUGAGACCUUUGGAGGGAAUGGAAGCGGUGGACGUGGCGGAGGCCACCAGCCGAGCUCGGGACGGCACGGCCCUGGCAGCGCUGCUCAAGUUAUGUAAUGGCUGGCAGAAGCCCGGAGCCACUUUGCAGGGCCAGUGCAUUCUGGUGUCCCAGACAAAGUUUGAGGUGGACAUUGGCUACCAUGUUGAUGUCAUUGCAGCGUUCAAGCAAAUGCCAACAAAGAACUACGACAUGAAAACAAGAAAGUGGAAUUUUUCACUCGAGGACUAUAAGAGACUCAUGGAUCUCCUCAGUGGGAUAGCAGCAGUGGAGGUGGAGCCUCUUCCCAGGGCAAUAAUCCAGGCUUUCUCUGCCAGGUUUGAUGGGACUGAAGCCAGGAUUUUAAACGUCCCUGAGGCAGACCUCUCUAGCAUCGACCCCUCUCUCACCCAAAGCCUUAUGCCCUUCCAGAGGGAGGGAGUCAACUUUGCAGUGUCUAAACAGGGCCGCCUCCUCCUGGCUGAUGACAUGGGCCUGGGAAAGACUAUUCAGGCCAUCUGUAUAGCAGCUUAUUACAAAAAGGAGUGGCCUUUGUUGGUGGUGACUCCGUCCUCUGUACGAUUCACCUGGGCUGAGGCCUUCAGACGCUGGCUUCCCUCCUUGACUCCUGACAGGAUCAAUGUAGUGGUGAAGGCCAGAGACAGUCUGCGGUCUGGUUUGAUCAACAUCAUCAGCUAUGACCUGCUGAGCAGGAUGGACAAGCAGCAGCCAGGAAAUCCCUUCAAUGUUCUCAUCAUGGAUGAGUCUCACUUUCUGAAAAACAUGAAGACUGCUCGUUGUAAAGCAGCAUUGCCUCUGCUGAAGGUAGCGAAGAGAGUGAUUCUCCUGUCGGGGACCCCCGCCAUGUCCAGACCGGCUGAGCUGUACACUCAGAUUUUGGCCGUCAGACCGACACUCUUUCCACGCUUCCAUGAGUUUGGGAUCCGCUAUUGUGAUGCCAGACAGAUGGCUUGGGGCUGGGACUACACAGGCUCUUCUAAUCUUGGAGAGCUGAAGCUGUUGUUGGAGGAGUGUCUGAUGCUGCGCCGUCUCAAGUCCGAGGUCCUUUCCCAGCUUCCCGCUAAACAGCGCAAGGUGGUCACGGUGACCAUCGAUGGGAUCAACACCCGCACGAAAGCUGCUCUGUCAGCUGCAGCCAAGCAGUUGGCCAAAGGACAUCGCAAUAAAAUGGAAGAGAAGGAAGCCCUCCUCGUCUUUUAUAACCACACAGCCGAAGCCAAGCUACAAGCCAUUAUGGAGUACAUCACAGACAUGCUGGAGUGUGGGAGGGAGAAGUUUCUGGUGUUUGCCCAUCAUAAAUUAGUCCUGGAUCAUAUCACAACCGAGCUGGGGAAAAAAAAUGUCGGUUUUAUCCGUAUUGAUGGGAGCACUCCGUCAGCGGAGCGACAGCAACUGUGCGAAAGGUUUCAGUACUCAGCCAAGACCUGUGUGGCGGUACUGUCCAUCACUGCAGCUAAUAUGGGCCUAACCCUGCACUCUGCAGACCUGGUGAUCUUCGCUGAGCUUUUCUGGAACCCCGGGGUUCUCAUUCAGGCAGAGGAUAGAGUUCAUCGUAUUGGACAAACCAGCAGUGUGAACAUUCACUACCUGGUUGCCAAGGGAACUGCUGAUGAUCACCUAUGGCCCAUGAUCCAGGAAAAAAUGAAUGUCCUGGAGCAAGUGGGUCUUUCCGAGGCAAACCUCUCAGAAACUGCAGAAAACACCAGCUUCCACUCCAAGGUAAACUGUAUACUUGAUCCUACCCAGAGGAGCAUCAUGGAGAUGUUCCAGAGAUCUUUCUCUGCGGAUGACGACAUGGAUGAGGCCAUCUUAUUGGAGGCUGCAAAUGACUGGGAGGACACUCCACCCGAAACCACGUCUGCUCAGCACCACGGCACCAGUACGGACAAGCAGUGGAGCUACAAAGACCGAUGAUUGACCAAUUUUAUUGCCAUAAUUUUUUGGGUUUGCCCAUGGAGCAAAGCCUAGUCCUACAUCUCAGCUACAUCAUGCCUUCACUGAGUUGAAAGUUAUUUUAAUGGGUGAAAACUACAAUAAAUCUUUUUGUUUUGCUAAUACA